GCGUGACCCAUGUUGGGCAACAACUUUCUCCCCCUCUAAAAUUCAAUCUAUUUUUACAUGUUUAAGCACUUAGUUUAAGUAUGUUAAGUGAAACCAGGCUUUAAAAAUGUUCCUCAAACGGCUGCUGUACUCGUACACCAAAAGUGGCCACCACCUGGGACCGUUCCGAACUGCCCAAUCUCCCGCCGCAACGACGACGCAAUUACCCGGGUUGCCUUCGCUUCGCGCGCGACUCUCCUCCAGCUUGGACUUUAAGGAUGACCCGUCCGUGCCGGGGACGACCUCGCUGUUCAACAUUAAGAAAACCAUCAAGGCGUCCCCGUUCGAGUGCGUGGACGGAUUUGCCUGCAUCCGGACGGUUUGCCCGGUGUGCCACACCGAACCUGGUUCCGAGCAGGUGUCGGCCAAAGAGACGAUCUACAUCAACAAGACGACGGGGACGUUCACGUGUUCGGCGUGUCGACAUUUGGGUCGCUGGGAGUAUAUUGAAAAGUUCUUUGUGCCGUACGGUAAGAGUGCCAAAACGGUUCAGGAGAUGAGGAAGCUUCGGGAUGUGUUUCUGGACAGCAAGAAGGGUGGGCCGGCGCCGGUGGAGCUUCCCGGGGGGUUGGCCAUUGUGGACGAGAAGUUGGCGGGGGAGAUUUGCGGGGAGUUGGGGUUGGACGAAGUUCCUCCGGCUAGUCUGGUACAGGUGGCGUCCCGGUGGGACGCACGGUACAAGCAUUUAUACGUUCCUCUGGUAGAUGUGGAAUCGGCGUUGAUAGGCUACAAAGUACUUAGUAUUGAAAAGAACGAACUCGUGGAGCGAACCGUACCGGACACAAACUGCUCCGGCUUAAUCUACCUCAAGUGUUUAGCGGAAUCGAAGACGGCCGCCUCAGCCAAGUCCAAAGACCAGUCCAGUGCGAUACUGGUACUGAAUGUGAUGGAUUUGCUGGCGUUGAGUACGGCGAAGAUUAACGCAACCGCCAUCUGUCUCCCGCAUGACCUCAAAUCCCUGCCCCAGCAAUGCUUGCCCGGGCUGGAACGCUUCCAGAAGCUCACCCUGUGGUUCAACUACGACACCGCAGGUUGGGACAUUGCUCGAAACUACGCCCGCAAGCUCGAGGAACGACGCUGCAUGUUUGUGCGUCCAACCGACGCCCAUCCAACGCCGGCCAAGGCUCUUGAGCUGGGGUUGGAUCUGAAACUUAUUUACGGGAAGGCUCAACCGAUUCUUCACCAGUCGAUUACGACGUUCCACUCGUUGCGGCAGGACGUGCUGAGCGAGCUGCAGAACAUCGACAAAGUUCAGGGCGUCAAGUGGCGCAGGUAUCCGACGUUGAACAAGCUGUUGAAGGGCCACCGGAAGGGCGAGUUGACGGUGUUGACGGGGCCGACGGGGUGCGGCAAGACGACCUUCAUGUCAGACUACUCGCUGGACCUGGCGCUGCAAGGUGUGUCGACGUUGUGGGGAUCGUUUGAGAUCCGGAACACGCGGUUGGCGACGACGCUGCUGCGGCAGAUGGCGGGCCGACCGCUGGACGUGAACUUGUCCGAGUUUGACCACUGGGCGGACGAGUUCGAACAGUUGCCGGUGUACUUUAUGACGUUCCACGGCCAGCAGCCGAUCAAGGUCGUGAUGGAAGCGAUCGAGCACGCCCAGUACGUGCACGACAUUCAGCAUGUGAUCAUUGACAAUCUCCAGUUCAUGAUGGGCGUUUCGGAGGAGAGCAAACACCUCGAUCGGUACUGGAAGCAGGACGCCAUCAUCGCUUCGUUUCGGACGUUUGCCACGCGCAAGAACUGCCACGUGACGUUGGUCAUCCACCCAAGAAAAGAGCGCGACACGGACGAUCUGACGACGAGCUCGAUCUUUGGCGGGGCUAAGGCGUCCCAGGAGGCGGACAAUGUACUCAUCAUUCAGGACAAGCGGCUGACCUCUGUUCGGGGGAAGAAGUACCUGCAGGUCGCGAAGAACCGGUACAGCGGCGACCUCGGCAUCAUGCCACUCGACUUUGACAAACUUAGCCUGAGUUACGCCCAAAAGCGGAAAAAGACUGAGCCAACCGCCGGGGGAGUACCGUACGAACUAGUGACGAGCCAGUGAUAGUUAGGUAUGUAACAAAUAACCAAUUUAUUCAUAGUCAUGUGUACAAUAUGCCAUCAAAACCAAAAGUUUAGUUACUUGAGAGAGUACAAUUAUACGAGAGAUUUAUACUAAAA